CACCGGCUCACUGUUCGCGUCGUCGCUGGCUACUUACAGCAACGUUUGCUCUUGACCGUCAUCUAUCCAAGCAAUUGCUUUGCGUGGUUUUCGUACCAUUGCAUCACCGCAAGGCAUGGCAAAUGCUGCGUUACAGGAAAUCUAUGAAAAAUAUGUCGAUAACGACAUUCCUGUGCGCCUGCUUGAUAUCACCGAUCUCGGGAACCUCAAGCUCUUCGAGAGAUGGGAGGUCAAGAAACACUUCCAGCCUGCCAUCUACGACAUCGUUGUCUCCGAUGAGGACGCAAACCCCAACAAUCCCGAUCGUGACGAGAAGCUCCUCGGCCUGGUGAAGGGCAUAGUCAGAUACGCCAUCUUCUCCCACAGGUGGGGAGACCUCGAGCCACUGUACACCCAUAUGGUGGAGAAGAUGCCAGACAACAUACGGGACGGGCCUGGGUAUGACAAACUCCAGAACUUUUGUAGAAAGGCGAAGGACAUGGACUGUACGUUCGCGUGGUCAGAUACAUGCUGUAUCGACAAGCGAAGUAGCGCGGAUCUGGACGAGAACAUCCGGUCUAUGUUCCGCUUCUAUCUCAACUCUCAUAUCUGCAUCGCCUAUCUCGCCAACUCGACCAAUCCUGCAAACCUAACCCAAGACGCAUGGUUCACGCGGGGCUGGACUUUACAGGAGCUCGUCGCGCCCUCUCGAAUCAAGUUCUACAUGGACGGCUGGAUGGAACACACCCCAGGGUCGCAUAACGACAAGAUCGCCGGUUCUCUUCUUCUAGCCCAGAUCUCUCAGAUCACAACCAUCCCCGAAUCAGAUCUUUCCCACUUUAAGCCCGGCACAGACCGCGUCAGCCAGAAGAUGUCGUGGGCCGCAGCACGGACUACCACACGCAUCGAAGAUAUGGCCUACUCCCUCAUUGGUAUCUUCGACGUCAGCCUCAUGGUCGCUUACGGGGAGGGAGAACGCGCUUUCUUCCGCCUCAUGGAGGCUAUCCUCCAGAGGUACAACAAAUGGGAUGUGUUCGCGUGG